UUUUCAUGCAAAUUAAUAUCUCUAUUGUUUUAGCCCCCCUUGUCCCCAAUUCUGCAUCCACCGCUGCUCUGCAGCACUAGAGACAGCGAGACUACCCGGAAAUUGCUAUCUGCGACUGCCUUGCCAUUUGCAAAGCAUUUUGACACUUCCUCUCGUAAACCACAUGUACAAUCUAUUUGUCAGCUCAGGUUGAUAAGUGCAUAGUACGCCACACCCACACCAUUGAGCCAGCCGGCAGUGUGCAUCUUCAGCUCCACGAUGUCCGGCAACCUCCGCCUCUACGCGUCCCUGCUUUUUGCAGUGACGUCCGCCCUCGCCGCGGCGGCCUCCGGCGACGUCAAAAUCGCCGUGUACUGGGGCCAGAACGCCAGCGAGGGCACGCUCAGGGACACGUGCAGCACGGGCCUCUACGCCUACGUCAACAUCGCCUUCCUCUCCACGUUCGGCGACGGCCGCGCCCCGGCCCUCAACUUGGCCGGCCACUGCGACCCCGCGUCGGGGGGCUGCGCGUCCCUCGCCACGGACAUCGCGUCCUGCCAGUCCGCGGGCGUCAAGGUGCUCCUCAGCAUCGGCGGCGGCGCGCUCGGCGGCUACAACCUUUCCUCGCCGUCGGACGCGCAGGGCGUCGCCUUGUUCCUCUGGGAGACCUUCCUCGGCGGCACCGGCGCCGCGGGCGCGGCCCGCCCCCUCGGCGCCGCGGUGCUCGACGGCGUCGACUUCGACAUCGAGGCCCCGUCCCGGUACUACGACGACCUCGCCCGGAACCUGACGUCGCUGUACAGGCGCGACGCGCGGGGCCGGACGUACAUGCUCACCGCGGCGCCACAGUGCCCGUUCCCGGACGCGUCCCUCGCCGAGGCGCUCGGCACGGGGCUGUUCGACCACGUGUGGGUGCAGUUCUACAACAACCCGCGGUGCCAGUACGCGCCCGGGGACGUCGGCGCGCUGCGGAGCGCGUGGCAGCAGUGGACGGCGGGCCUGCCGUCCGCGGCCGUGUUCCUCGGCCUCCCGGCGUCGCUGGACGCCGCGGGCAGCGGGUUCGUGGACGCGGACACGCUCGCGUCGCAGGUGCUGCCGGCGGUGGAGGGGGCGCCCAACUACGGUGGCAUCAUGCUGUGGAGCCGCUCCUACGACAAGGACACUGGAUUUAGCCUGAAGCUGCAGGGCAUCUUGCAAAACCGGAACAAUCACACAGGGGGCGGUACAUCUUCAGAUAAGAAAAAGAGGAUCUAUAUUACAGUAGGAGCUGCCGUCGCAGGCGUGCUGCUGCUUUUCCUGCUUAUUUGCACUUGCUUCCUCUGCCAUAAGAAAUACCGUAGCACAAAACCUCCAGAGGAGGGAUCAAAGACUCCUCCAGCUCCGAAGACAGAGCCCUCUCAGCCAAAACAAAGACCUCAGCGUAUGAAACGAUACACUGAUUCAGAGGUUGAGAGGAUGACAAAAUCUUAUGCUCACAAGCUGGGCCAUGGCAGCAAUGGUGAUGUUUACCGAGGCAACCUCCGUGACGGCCGUCAGGUAGCGGUGAAGGUGCUGAAGAACAGCAGAGGUGACGAUAAGGAGUUCAUGAGCGACGUCACCAGCAUCGGCAGAAUUUCUCAUGCCAAUGUUGUUCCUCUGCUAGGGUUUUGCUUGCACAGCCCAACAAGAGCUCUCAUCUACGAGUACAUGCCCAAUGGCUCGCUUGAAAGUUAUGCUUUCGGCAACAAUGACUCUGUAGAAGAGAAUUAUUCGCUAUGGCUGUACUGGGAGAAGCUGUUUGACAUUGCGAUCGGCGUCGCGCGGGGGCUAGAGUAUCUCCAUGGACAGGGCAAUGCUAACAUUGUGCAUCUGAACGUCAAGCCCCGCAACAUUCUGCUGGAUCAGGAGUUGUGUCCAAAGAUAUCUGAUGUGGGUACCACAAACUUAUGCCAUGGCAAAGAGAGCAAGAGGUCCACUGGCGAUGCCAGGGGAAGAGAUGGCUAUGAUGCCCCUGAGGUUGUGUCCAGGAAAUUUGGAGCAAUCAGCAGUAAAUCCGAUGUCUACAGCUAUGGUGUGGUGGUCCUUGAGAUGGUGAGGGCCAAAAGGAACAUCAGUGUUGGUGCUGACACUACUAGCAAGUAUUUUGCUCAGUGGCUAUAUGAACACUUGGAUCAGUUCUGCAAUAGUAUUUCUGACAUCAGUAGUGAGACAAGGGAUCUUGUAAAGAAGAUGAUCAUAGUUGGGUUAUGGUGCAUACAAACAGCACAAACUAGCCGGCCUUCGAUGAGCAGGGUUGUUGAAAUGUUGGAAAGUAGCAGCAUAGACUUGGAAUUGCCAGUAAGGAUCUCUUGAGGGAUAACAUACAUGAUUGUAAACAUUAUUCAUAUCAUGAGUAGUAUCCACGACAGUCUGUGUGCUCGUGCUUGUAGGUUUGGGGUUUGUAUAUUUUCUUUGUUUUUCUAGAGCUUAGGCGUGGUGUUACCGACAGUGUAAAAAUGGUCCCAGACAUACGAUCAUAAUUGCAAUGACAUGUUUGCAUCAUGGCAUAAA